CCAUGGCGAAGGUGGCGGGGCACAUGGCGAAGAGCACAGAGGUGAUGAAGCUCGUCAGCGGGCUGAUCAAAGUGCCGCAGGUCGCGGGCACGAUGCAAGAAUUAUCCAAAGAGAUGAUGAAGGCUGGUUUAAUCAGCGAGAUGCUGGAAGAGGCCGUAGACGAUGCUCUAGACACCGAGGAGAUGGAGGAUGAAAUGGAAGAGGAAGUAAACAAGGUUCUUGAUGAGCUGGCGACGGAAGCUACUGCGCAGCUUCCCACGGCGGUGCGGCAAAAGCAGCGGGCGGCAGAGGCAGCAGGGGUGGAGGAGGAGGAAGAGAGGGUGCCUCAGAUGGAGAUGGGGUUGGGAGCGGACGAUGAGGCGGAAUUGGCUCGGCUUAAAGCCAAGUACAAGUGA